AUGGCUACGGCUCGGGCUGUGAAAGUGGCCGCCGUUCAAGCGGCGCCCGUCUCCUUUGACCUCAAUAAGAGUCUAGAAAAACUGACUAGAAUAGUCGGUGAGGCGGCUGGAGCCGGGGCAGACCUUAUCGUGUUUCCUGAGGCAUUCUUGUCCGCGUAUCCGUGGAGAUAUGCGUUUGAUGCUACGAUUGGUGCUCGAGAGCCGCGUGGAAGAGAAUGGUAUGCAAAGUACUAUGAUUCAGCUGUUGCCGUGCCUUCCCCGGCAGUUGAUAUCAUCUCGAAGGCGGCCAAGUCCCACCAGGUUUAUAUUCAAGUCGGCAUCAUCGAGAAAGAUGGAGGCACUCUGUACUGUACGGCCUUAUUAGUUGGUCGAGAUGGAUCAGUACUGUUGAAGCAUCGUAAAUUGAUACCCACGGCUGCAGAGCGCCUGGUGUGGGGACGAGGUGCAGGAGACGGCCUUGAAGUCGUACAAACUGACAUUGGCAAAAUUGGCACCUUGAUAUGCUGGGAGAACUACAUGCCCGCAGCGCGGAUGGCUCUCUACCAGCAAGGAGUCGAAAUCUACUUAGCACCCAAUGCGGAUGAUCUACCAUCCUGGAUCGCAUCAAUGCAGCAUAUUGCUAAAGAAGGACGCUGCUUUGUUGUCUCGGUAAAUUCAAUGGUUAAGGUUUCGGAUUUUCCGAAGGAUUACCCACCAUUUACCCCUGAGCAUCAUGAUAGGAAGCCAGAUGGCUCACAGUGGGAGCCUAACGAUAUUGUUAAUCACGGAGGGUCCUUCAUUGUAGGACCUCUAGGAGUUCCUAUAACCGAGCCGAUAUGGGACAAAGAAGAGAUCGUCUAUGCCGAUUUGAAAAUGUCCGAACUCGACUUCGACCCGGUUGGUAGCUACGCUCGCCCAGACGUGUUCACGUUGACGGUGAAUACCAAGCCAGGGACAAGUGUAAGCUUUACCAAAUAA